AUGGUGUGUGUGUGUUUAAAAUAUCUUCUUCGAGGACUAGAGCUCCUAAUCAAACAUCCAAAACAACACACGUACCGUUGGUUGCAGAUAGUCCUCGUUCUUUAACCCCUUGUGUGCCAGGUGCACGCUUCACCGAUGGCUUUUCUGACUUCAAGUGUCUGUAAACAAAAAUAUGGUUGCCUACCGAUGACUCCAGCAAUGAUAACGAAGCGGAAGUUGUUUGUCGCCGCGAUUGUUAUCACUAUGGUCGUUAUCGUGGUCAUGACGACCUGCACGAUCGAAUGGAUCCCCAAGAAAUUGUGGCCCACAGGUGACAUGUCAACAGAUCCAUUCACACUUGUUCUUGCUUCAGGAAAUAUUGAAAUAAGUCUUUCUGAACUCAUGGAAAGGUGUCUUCAACAAGGGGAGACAACAUUAAGCGAAGGGUUACACCGGGCACGACAUUGUCUCAAGGAAGCUGCAGGCGAGAUAACUGUGAUAAAACUCGGGCGACUACUCAAUUACAGUGAUCCAGGUGAGAAUCAAACCAAGGCCCUGUACCCUCUGAGUACGGAGCGAGAGACUGCGAGGCGGAGAGUAGAAUCAACGGCGAGAGAGGUCUUCUACUUCAUCACUGCCAAGAUGGACGCACUCAGAAGUGGAUACUUUUCCGUUAAUGAGAGCACAGAGCCGUUUAUAGACAGCACGAAGAGAGAACUUGAAGACUACAAACUGGCGCUAUCCAGUGACCUUCACCGGCUGCGUCACGUGGACAAAGACGAGGAAUGGCGAGACAGUGAGUCCAGACGACUUGGUGAACUUGUGCAGCGACGCCUCCACGAUCUGCAGGUGAGAAACUUGUACUCUCGUCAGGUAGAAGUCCUACACAGUUGUACAUAACAACUUAUGAAUACGCUUUUAUAUUAGCCCAUUCUAUAGGUAUAAAAAUGUAAUAUUCUGUUCAAGUGGUUAUGAACAUUUUAAUGAAAAUAUAAGAAUUUUAUUAUCCUUUUAAAGCAAUAUAAUAAAUAU